AUGGCAUUUUCCCCAGCAUUUUCGCGCAAAACCACACCCGCUGCGCCAGGGCUCGCAGACGAGCUUUUGAUACUGGAAGAAGAGCUAUACAGGCAGUCUUGCGAGCUGCCACACACAGUCGAAAAAGCGCUCGACGCCCAACUCCGCGUCGACGUCCCCAUGGAUGUCGACAGCUCGAACUGGUUAGAAGAGUCUUCGUCCGAGUCCUACCCAGCCGCAGACUCCUCGGAGUCUGACUUCGCCCGCGCCCGGCCCCGUCGGCGCACGCCAGUGCGCCCCCGCCCCGCCCGCCGCAAUCAGGCAGAAAAGGAGAAUUUCUCCUCCCCCGCACGGCGCCCGCGCUCCCGCGCAAGCUCCGUGGUGUCGUACGCCCCGGAGUCCUCCGAGUCGGACUCGGAUGAUUCUGAAUACGUCCCGUCCGGAUCCGCCGCCCGAGUGAAGAAGGGGAAGGGCAAAGGGCGCGGCCGCGCGGCCGCUCGCGCUCCGACACGCCCCGCAUUUGUUGAGGCAAGUAAUGCGCAAGCUCACGAGCCUGCGAGCUCACGGCGGCCGGGGGACUGCUACGGACUGUUCUCGGACGAGGAGGACGAGGAGACUUCAAGCCAGUAG